GCAGCGGCCAUCCAUCGCAAACUGCAAAAUCUAGGGUUUUGAAUUUCUCCGUUUCAAAGCUCGGCGCCUCCGUAAGAAGAAGAAUGGGUCACUCGAACAUCUGGAACUCACAUCCAAAGUUAUACGGACCUGGUUCCCGUACCUGCCGUGUGUGUGGUAACUCGCAUGGACUGAUUCGAAAGUACGGGCUGAUGUGCUGCAGACAAUGCUUCCACAGCAACGCCAAAGAAAUUGGUUUCAUUAAGUAUCGUUGAUUCUAUCGGAAGGUUCCAAUCUCUAUUCGGAAGUAUGAUAUCAGGAAACUGUUGGUAAUGUUGGAGAAUGUAGUCUUUCAAUUUUAAACUAAUGCUGAUGUCUUUGUUAAGACUUUUUGUUGAGUGAAAUUGCACCUUUCUUUACUCUUUUCUGCUAUAAUUAUAUUAUUAUUACUUUGUCACC